AUGACGAGCCGAGGCAUAAGACGGAAGAAGUCAUCGCUGUCUGAAGUGAAAGUGGCUGUGAUCGGUGCACCAUCGGUCGGCAAAAGCGCACUGACUGUUCGAUUUCUAACAAAACGAUACAUCGGAGAAUAUGAUCACCAACAGGAAAGCAAAUACAAGCACGAGGCAUUACUAGACGGGGAACCAAUUCUUUUCGAGAUACUGGACACAUGCCCCAAGACCUUGGAUGAGCUUCCGGCUAGCGAUGUAGCGCAAUGGGCGGAUGGUCUUUUCCUAGUGUACUCCAUAACUGACAGGAAUUCUUUUAAUUAUGUGAGACGAGCCAAACAAAGUCUGCAGCCUGAUGUACCAUUGACUCUCGUUGGCAAUAAAGCAGACAUGGUGCAUCUAAGACAGGUAAGUCUAGAGGAAGGAGAAAUACUGGCAAAGGACUUCGAAUGCAGUUUUGCAGAAGUUGCCGCUGCGGAGCAAGUGAACCAAGUCGGGGAGGUGUUCCACGAUCUCUGCCGGGAAGUGCUGUCUCAUCGGAGACGGGCGAAACAUAGUCUUCUAGACAGGAUGCUCGGCUCUAAGACAGCCUAUCGAGUCUACUCCCGGGGCAAAAGUGACAGCGCUCUACCUAAAGAC